UGAAAAGUGAAAUCUAAGUUUCAAAUCUCGAAUAAAUCUCGAAACACACUUGCAGGCUCACUUGGCAGGUAACAUAUGCGCCACGCGCCCCAACCGCUCCUCUGGUCGCCGCCGGCCUCCGCGGCGGCGGCGAUGUCCCAGCGCCACCCAUCGGCAAGCCCUCAGAUCGAUCGAUCGGCGCUCAAAGUCGGCUUCAGAUCCGAGAACGCUGCUGGCGCCGCCGCCGAUCCCAGCGGCGACGCCAGCAGCUUCCUCUGCUCUCCAAUGCGCCGAGAAGCGACGCGGGGGUGCUCGGCCCGCCGUGGACGACGAAGGCUCCGCCGGGCGCGCGUCGGCCGGUCCGGUGGCACGAUCUGCGCGCGGCACCUGCCGGCGCCCCGACGACAGCCGUCGCGCCGCCGCUGAUGGAGGGGCGGUCGGCACCGCUGCCGCCGCGCCGCCGGUGGGAGGGGCACUGGUGGUGGCCUGGGCGGCCCUCCGCCGCCGCUCGGGGCGCCCGGGCAGCGGUGGCAGCCUGCCGCCACACCACUUCGAAAUGCCCGCUGACCACUUCGAAAUGCCCGCUCCGACGG